UAGCUCUAGCCGUAGGCUUGGCUUGAAGUUGAUAGUUAAAUUUGAAAACAAACUUUCAGUUUAACAUAAUUACUAUUUCAAAUGACAGUAGUGAAGAUGAAAAAAAAACAACUACUGAUAUGGUAGUUUUAUAUGAUAAGAAGAACAUAUCUAAAUUCUAUUUUUGUUGAAGGAAAAAGCUACUUUGGAAAACUAUCAAGUGGAACGUCGGAAGGUUCCAGCCCAGCCAAGAUUUUUCGUAGAAUCUUAGACUUAAAGAAGCUAGCUCAAAACAAAACGCAUGAAGAUCCAGUUAGAUAACUGCUGAAACUUUUUCUUGAAAAAUGGUAGAAGACAUUAAUCAUGGUGACUGGGUCACCAUAAAGGAUAGUUUAUUUGAUCAAGAAGAUAAGGAAUAUAUGAAAGAUUUAAAAUUUAUUGUUAGGUGGAAUGACAGAGAAAACAAAUUGGCAAUUACAUGUGCUGAAGGAGCAAGAAAGGUCAGUGAUCAAAUAUGUAAAUUUCAUGCAUGUUUAAUUAGCAUUGCAGAUUUACAUGACAUACACCAACAGUUGGCUUUAGUGAAUAUCAAUUUAGAAAAUAAUUUUCCCAAGUUAACAGCUGAAUGUGGGUUUUUGUCUCCUCUCUUUGGCACUAGAAAUACUGAAGAUCCAGUGAAAGAAAUAGAAGAAUAUCUUUAUCUUGCUUUAGAUGUAUGUGGGAAAAAAAUGCUCUUUUCUCUUUUGUUUGAAAAAGAAGACCCAUUGAUAGAAUAUGAAGAAUAUGUGAAUGAGUUUCAACAGCGAGUUUAUGAAAGUAUGGUUAAUAAAGCUUUUCUUGAUCUUAAAGAGCUGUUGGAACUACGAGAAAAAGCAGAAUCACUCAUAGAAUUAGCUACAGUUUAUGCCUUAGAAGAUGAAGUAGUAACAAAUAUAUCUAUAGCUCUGGCUGAGCUCUAUAACUUCCAUCUAAAACCAUUUUUGGAACUUCAAGAAUUAUCCUUUUAUAAGACAACAAGUGCCCAGUUUUAUCUUGAAGACCAAUAUUUAGAAGACAGUACCAAGCAGCAAGCAGUAAGGGACUUAGAAGCAUGGAAGAAUCAGUACUUGUCUGUCACUGAAGCAAUCUUGCAUUUAUAUCAAGAAUAUUACAGGAAGACGGUAGAUAUUGUAUCAGGACAGCUGAAUCGAAUUUUUGAAGAUGAGAAGAAAUUUGAAAAAUCUGCUUUUGAGAUUCAAGCUCUUCCUCGACUUCAUAAACUAGAUGUUUUUGUUAGUAAAGAGAAACUGAAGUUGAUUAGUGCCACCAAGGCCACCAGAGAAUAUCAUCGAGAUAAAAUUGAACAGCAGCUAGAUAAAAUACAAUCUCAUGAAAAUUGGAAAGAAGAAGUGUUCAGGAUAGAAGCAGCUGUGUAUGAGGCCCAGCUGAGUGUUUUGGAUACUAGACUAGAUAUACUUCAAGAACAAGAACAGCUUUUUAAAAAACAAUUGUCAAUCCUAGAAAAAGUAUGGCAAGAUGAGUUAGAUGCUGGAAUGUUCCAAGAUGCCUUGGAAUACUUCGACCAAGAUGUUCUAGAAGAACCUGUAGUUGGAAUUCGCACAAAAACUACUAAACUGAAAGCAAAAUUAAAUAGUGUGUACAGAAAAAGGGCAACUAUUAGAAAUCGUAAGAAAGCUUGUCUAGCUCAUUUAAAAAAAAGAGAAAAGAAAGUCAGUGCUGAAAAGGAACGAUCUGAAAAGUAUCACUCUAUACACAUGAAAAGAGCUCAACAUCUGAAAGAGGAGGAAGUUAAAGAAAAGUUGAAACAAGAACGAACGAAAACUCUUGAAAUACUUAGAUCAUGUAUACAGAAAAAACUGCUAUCUGAAACUGGUUCCUUAAUACUUGGAAGUGGCACUUCUGUUUCUUCAAACUUCACAAGCGAUAACAUCUUAUAUAGAAAUGCUGGUGAAGGAGCUGCUGCAGGUACUCAAUAUCAUGAAGAUAUUGAUAGAAAACUUUCAAAGAGGUCUGGAAUACUGGAAGAUGAUGAAUUACCUUUACCUCCUGUUGACGCUUUGCAUUUCCCUCAAGAACAACAAAAUUUCCUUUUCCCACCUCCACCCAAUCUUGAUGUUCAGACUGAACUGGAUAAAAGCAUCACUCUUUCACACUCAUUUUUUCCAGAUCUCAACAUUCAAACUAAAUCAUGCUCUCUUCCCCCUUCCCCUGCUCCACCACAAACUUCUUUAAUUCCAAUUUUCCCUUUCUCAUCCAUGACAAAAGAGAAAGAAAUGGAUGAGCUGGUGGAAAAGAAAGGUGAAUCUUUACUAAGUGGGGUUUCAAGACUAGACUUGAAUGAGCUAUUGGCUGUUAGGAGCAAUCUACAUAAAACAUUUCCAUCAGUUAACCAUGCAACUAAAGAAAAACAAACAUGUCUCUCUGGGUUCAACUGGAAAUCAAAUGAUGAAGUAUCAAAAUCAGCUGAUUUAUCAAGACUGUUACAUGCCACCCUGGAUCGAAUAAGGAACAUGACUCAUGACUCAGAUUUGUCUAAUGACUCGAAUUCUAGCAGUGACUUUGAAUGAAGAUAACACAGCAAAUUUUCUACAAAUGAAAUCUCUGGUAGGAGAGCUGAAAGCUUGUGAAAUAAAUUAUAAAAGAAUGAAAGUUCACUGAAAUACUUUUAAAUACAAGUAUAAUACAA